AUGAAGAAAGUAAAUUAUGAAGAGUUAAUGGAUUUGUACAAAGACUUUAAUUAUGUAUACGAUUCAUUGUAUAAGCUGAAGACUUUCAGCGAAGAAGGAAUUAACAAAAUUUAUCUUGAUAUCAAAAAUUUAAUGCUUGAAACCAAACAUGAAUCUCCAAAUCAAAUUCUAACAAUAAUUGCUACUGCAAUGCCUUUUAAUGUCAAGUACAUAAAGCCAUACAAGGAAAUUUUCAAAAUGAUUUAUACAGAAUAUCAUCCAAUCUUUACAAGAAAAGAAAUUCAAAGCACUCCAUAUAUUUUGUGGGCAGACUUACAAGAUGAAAAUGGUGUUUUAUUAUCAACGAGGUAUAGUUCUGAAAUCGAAGCAAAUAAAACUAAAGAUUAUUCAUUGAAUUUUAUUGAAGAAAACACAAUUUACAGAGCUAUUAUAUAUGAUGACAAAUUUUCUUUCAUAAUUUUCACGGAGACAGAUAGUUUUGAUAUGAAUCAAAUGUUUCAGAGUGAUUUGUAUCCAUCUUCACCUAAUUCAUUGCUUGAGCUAUGCUGCUAUCAUGGAGCCGUUAAUUGUUUUAAAUUGUUAAUUUCAAAAUUUGAUUCAAUAAUAACACCAAAAUGUCUUUAUUAUUCAUUUUUGGGCGGAAAUCCAGACAUUAUUCAUGAAUGUUUGUUAUAUGAGAUUCCAGAUGAAAAAUGCAUGAAAUAUGCAAUUAUUUCACAUAACAUUGAUUUUGUUACCUUUUUAAUGAAUGAAUUUGCGUUAGAAAUUGAUUUAAAUUAUUGCACCUUAUACCACAAUUUUCAAGCAUUUUUAGUUUAUUUAGAUCAAUCAAAAUACAUUAACAAAUUCUUUAUUUAUUCAGCAUCCUUUUGCAUUCCUUCUCUAUGUGAAUAUUUCCUUUCACAUGGUGCUUUUAUUGACUCAAAAACUCAAUCCGGAGAAACUGUACUUCAUUUUGCAGCAAGAUUUAAUUGCAUAGAAACAGGAGAAAUUUUGAUUUCGUAUGGUGCCGAUGUUAAUGCUAAAGACAAAAAUGGACGGUCUGUUCUUCAUGAAGCCGCACGCAAUAACACUAAAGAAAUAGCCGAACUCCUUAUUUCGCAUGGAGCUGAUGUUAGUGCUAGAGACAAAAAUGGAUGGUCAGUUCUUCAUUCUGCAGCACGUAGUAACAGUAAAGAAAUAGCCGAAUUCCUUAUUUCGCAUGGAGCUGAUGUUAGUGCUAGAGACAAAAAUGGAUGGUCAGUUCUUCAUGCUGCAGCAAAAGCUAAUAACAAGGAAACAGUCGAAUUUCUUAUUUUACAUGAUGCCAAUGUUAAUGCUAAAAACAAUGAUGGAUGGUCAGUUCUUCAUUCUGCAGCAGGUAGUAACAGUAAAGAAAUAGCCGAAUUCCUUAUUUUACAUGGUGCCGAUGUUAAUUCUAAAGACAAAAAUGGAUGGUCAGUUCUUCAUUCUGCAGCAGAUAGUAACAGUAAAGAAAUAGCUGAACUCCUUAUUUCGCAUGGUGCCGAUGUUAAUUCUAAAGACAAUGAUGGAUGGUCAGUUCUUCAUUCUGCAGCAGAUAGUAACAGUAAAGAAAUAGCUGAACUCCUUAUUUCGCAUGGUGCCGAUGUUAAUUCUAAAGACAAUGAUGGAUGGUCAGUUCUUCAUUCUGCAGCACGUAGUAACAGUAAAGAAAUAGCCGAAUUCCUUAUUUCGCAUGGUGCCGAUGUUAAUUCUAAAAACAAUGAUGGAUGGUCAGUUCUUCAUUUUGCAGCAGAUAGUAACAGUAAAGAAAUAGCCGAAUUCCUUAUUUCGCAUGGUGCCGAUGUUAAUUCUAAAAACAAUGAUGGAUGGUCAGUUCUUCAUUCUGCAGCACGUAGUAACAGUAAAGAAAUAGCCGAAUUCCUUAUUUCGCAUGGUGCCGAUGUUAAUUCUAAAAACAAUGAUGGAUGGUCAGUUCUUCAUUCUGCAGCAGGUAGUAACAGCAAAGAAACAGCCGAAAUUCUUAUUUCGCAUGGUGCUGAUAUUAAUGCCAAAGAUAAUGAUGGAUGGUCAGUCCUUCAUAUAGCUGCACUUAAUAACAGCAAAGAAACAGCCGAAAUUCUUAUUUCGCAUGGUGCUGAUAUUAAUGCCAAAGAUAAUGAUGGAUGGUCAGUUCUUCAUUCUGCAGCAGGUAGUAACAGUAAAGAAAUAGCCGAAUUCCUUAUUUUACAUGGUGCCGAUGUUAAUUCUAAAGACAAUGAUGGAUGGUCAGUUCUUCAUUCUGCAGCACGUAGUAACAGUAAAGAAAUAGCCGAAUUCCUUAUUUUACAUGGUGCCGAUGUUAAUUCUAAAGACAAAAAUGGAUGGUCAGUUCUUCAUUCUGCAGCACGUAGUAACAGUAAAGAAAUAGCCGAAUUCCUUAUUUUACAUGGUGCCGAUGUUAAUUCUAAAGACAAUGAUGGAUGGUCAGUUCUUCAUUUUGCAGCAGAUAGUAACAGUAAAGAAAUAGCUGAACUCCUUAUUUCGCAUGGUGCCGAUGUUAAUUCUAAAAACAAUGAUGGAUGGUCAGUUCUUCAUUUUGCAGCAGGUAGUAACAGUAAAGAAAUAGCCGAAUUCCUUAUUUUACACGGUGCUGAUGUUAAUUCUAAAGACAAUGAUGGAUGGUCAGUUCUUCAUUCUGCAGCAGAUAGUAACAGUAAAGAAAUAGCCGAAUUCCUUAUUUCGCAUGGUGCCGAUGUUAAUUCUAAAAACAAUGAUGGAUGGUCAGUUCUUCAUUUUGCAGCAGAUAGUAACAGUAAAGAAAUAGCCGAAUUCCUUAUUUCGCAUGGUGCCGAUGUUAAUUCUAAAAACAAUGAUGGAUGGUCAGUUCUUCAUUCUGCAGCAGAUAGUAACAGUAAAGAAAUAGCCGAAUUCCUUAUUUUACACGGUGCUGAUGUUAAUUCUAAAGACAAAAAUGGAUGGUCAGUUCUUCAUUCUGCAGCAGAUAGUAACAGUAAAGAAAUAGCCAAAUUCCUUAUUUUGCAUGGUGCAUGCACUGUGAAUAAGUAA